AUGAGAAGCUUCUUUCUACUCAGCGCCGUUGCCUUUAGCGCGGCCAACGCUGGCGUUUUAGACCAUCGUCGUCAGCAACCAAGGGGAGACUACAAUCUUCCUCCGGCCGUGACAACUUCGGUCUAUCAAGCCCCGGCCGUCUCUACUGACCUCUAUCCUCCUCCCGCUCAGUCUGCCAACACUGAGCCUGCUGAGCAGGAGACUUCUCCUUAUGCAGUCCCCACUGUCGCUACUUCCGAGCACCAAGAAACUACCAACUAUGCACCUCCCGAGUCUGCAGCUACCGAGAGUGCAAGCAAGCCUGUUGAAGACACUUCUGUUGUCGAGACUCCUUCCAACGCUUAUCCUCCUCCUGCCAACACCCAGCCUGGACAAGAUACCACUGAGGCCUCAACACCAACUGGAGCCUACCCCCCUCCUGUGAACACCCAAAAGACAGAGACUGAGCAAGUGUCUUCUGCCGCUGUCACAUCUGAAGAGUCCACUCCUACCGGUGCUUACCCUCCUCCCGAGAACACUCCAUCUGAAUCUGAGCAUGAGUCUACUGCUGUCGAGACUACUGCCGUUGAGACUACCGCUGAGGGUAAAACCUCAACUGACCUGUACCCUCCUCCCGCCAACACCGAGACCACCAAGCCCGGCAAAGAUACAACUGAGGCUCUUACCCCCACUUCCGAGUAUACUGCUCCCGGUAGCACCGAUGUAACCCAGCAGGGAUCUACCGAUGUUGGCAGCUCUACUGACGCGUAUCCUCCUCCCGAGGGGACCCCCACAACCCAGGCCGGUAACGAGGGUACCACGGCUGUUUCCGAGACCACCAAGCCUGCUGUUGGCACCUCAACCGGUGUCUAUCCUCCUCCUAAGGGUACGGAGACUACCGAUACUGGUAUCGAGACCGAAACUGGCAGUGCUUCUACUACACAGUGGACUACCUCGACUGUCUACACUACCAAUGUGUACACUGUCACUUCUUGCCCUCCUGAGGUUCCCGACUGCCCCAACGGUCAACAUGUCACUACCAAGACUAUCGCUGUGUCUACUACUGUCUGUCCUGUAACUGAGACCAAGCCUGUGACUGAGCAUGGCGAGACUGGUACUCCCACUUAUCCUGUUCCCGGCUCUACCGAGACUGAGCACCAAGGUACCGAGACUGCUACUGUCUCUAAGCCUGGUGAGACCGAGACCAAGACUGAGUCGGUUCCUCAAGAGACUGAGACUUCUCCAUCCACUGGUGCUUAUCCUCCUCCCAAGGUUACCACUGGAACUACUGAGGGAGCUGAGACGGAGUCUGUCCCUGCAGAGACCGAGACUACCAAGCCUGCUGUCGGUACAUCUACUGGCGUCUAUCCUCCUCCCAAGGCUACUACUGAGACCACCGAGGGCACUGAGACUGAGACUGUUCCUGCUGAGAGCGAGACCACUAAGCCUGCUGUCGGUACCUCAACUGGUGUCUACCCUCCCCCCAAGGGCACCGAGACGACUGAGACCGGUGUUGAGACCGAGUCCCUUCCUGCUGAGUCUACCAAGCCUGCUGUUGGAACUUCUACCGGUGCCUAUCCUCCUCCCAAGGUUACAACCGAGACUCAGCCCAAUACUGAGCAGACCAGCCAGUGGACCACCUCAACUGUCUACACCACCACCAUCCGCACCAUCACCUCUUGUGCUCCCGAUGUCCCUGACUGUCCCAAUGGCAAGCAUGUCACAACCGAGACUAUCGCCAUCUCUACUACUGUCUGCCCCGUGACCGAAGCUGGAUCUACCAAGCCUGCUACUGUCACCAAGGAAUCACCCACUUACCCCGUUCCUACCCAGGCUACCGAGACAGAGGGCCAGUCUACUGUACCUACUACUGAGACUGAGGAGCAGUCUACUAAGCCAGUUACUCACCAUGAAGGAUCUACAAAGCCUGCCACCGAGACUAAGCCUGCUACUGAGACUGAGACUAAGCCUGCUACCACUGGCGGCGAGGAGCAUCCUACCGAGACCAAGCCUGUCACCGAGACGAAACCUGCUACUGAGACUAAGCCCACUUACCCAGUUCCUACUGAGUCCAAGCCCGCUAGCACCACCGAGUGGACUACCUCGACUGUCUACACGACUACUAUCCGCACCGUGACAUCUUGUGCUCCCGAUGUCCCUGACUGCCCCAAUGGCAAGCAUGUCACAACUGAGACUAUCGCCAUCUCUACCACCGUCUGCCCUGUCACAGAGGAGCACCACACAGAGACAAAGCCAGCUCCCACCAAGCCUGUUGAGACAAAGCCCGCCACUGAGACCAAGCCCACCUACCCAGUUCCCACUGAGACUAAGCCUGCCUCCGAGACGAAGCCUGCUACUGAGGGACACUCUACCACGCCCGUCACUGGUGGUCAGUCCGAAGCUGGAUCUACUAAGCCUGCUUCUACUACUGAGUGGACCACUUCAACUGUCUACACGACUACUAUCCGCACUGUAACCUCUUGCGCUCCUGAGUUCCCCAACUGCGAGACACCUACUCCCCAUGUCACCACUGAGACUGUUGCUAUCUCCACGACUGUUUGCCCUGUCACUGAGCAGCAUCAGACUCAGCCUAAGCCCACGCAGCCCAAGCCCACUCAACCCAAGCCUACUGAGUCUAAGCCCGCCCAGUCUCAGCCCACCCAGCCAGCCAAGACUACUGGAUGGUCUACCUCCACCAUUUACACCACCAGCAUUCGCACUGUCACUGCUUGUGGUCCUGAGUUCCCUAACUGCGAGACACCUACUCCUCACGUCACCACCGAGACUAUCGCUGUUUCCACUACCAUCUGCCCUGUGACUGAGCAGCACCACACCGAGCCUAAGCCUACUGAGCCUCAAGCUACUCAGCCGAAGCCCACUAAGCCAGCCAAGACUACCGCCUGGUCUACUUCAACUGUCUACACCACCAGUGUCCGAACAGUGACUACCUGCGGCCGCGAGCACCCCAACUGCGAGACCCCCACUCCUCACGUCACCACCGAGACCAUCGCCAUCUCCACCACCGUCUGCCCAGUUACCGAGGAGCAGUCUUCUCCCACUAAGCCCAGCACUCCUGGCCAACCAUCUCAGCCCGCCGGUGGCAACCACCAGACCUACCCCGUCCCAACUCAGCACAUCGUCACAACCGGCUGGUCUACCUCCACCGUCUACACUACCAACAUCCGAACCGUCACUGCUUGCGCUCCCCACGUUGCCAACUGCCCUGGUACUCCCCACGUCACCACCGAGACCAUCGCUCUCUCAACCACUCUCUGCCCCGUCACCAAGACUCAGGUCAUUCCCGGCCCUGGUGCCACUUACUACCCUCCUGGUAACUCGACAUCCACUCUUUACACCACCAAGUACUUCACUGUCACUGCCUGCCCUCCCACGGUUACCGACUGCCCCAUCGGCGCCGUCUCUUCCACCGUCUACGCCACAGCCACCACCCACAUUCAGCCAUGGAACUCUCACGUCUACCCCUCUCCUACCAAGGGUCUUCCUCCUACCAUCCCUACCCAUCUGGUUCCUGGCAACGGGACGGUCACCACCUUCAUCCGAUCUACCACCAAGCUCUACGAGACUCCUGUCUCGACCCCCAAGGCGGCUGAGCACACCACUACUUCCAAGGCUGGCUAUGAGAAGCCUCCUUAUCCUGUUUACUUCUUUUAA